CGCGGGCAGAGCAGGCCUCACCUCGUCUUCAUCCCCCUCGCUCUCCUGCGGGCUUGCCCCCCCGGCUGCCACCCCCCUCAGAGCCAGCGGCAGCACCAUGCAGGCCAACGGAGCAGGAGGGGGUCAGCAGCAACAGCCGCCGCCGCCGCCGUCAUCGUCGUCACAGGGUCCGGAUAUGGGCUGCCUCAACGCCCAAAACGGCGAGGCCUCGUCGGGAUUGACCACUGGAGAGCAGUUAGCUCACGCCAAUGGGUUGCUGCCGUCGGCCAACAACGGCGACGGCGGUGGCGGCCCGAGUGUCAAUAAUGGGGUCUCGGCCCCCGCCGGCUCCGCGCUCGAGAUGGGGGGAGGCAGUGGUGUCGGCGUCGGCAGCAGUGCCCUGAAAAAGAAGAAGCGGCUUUCGCAAUCUGAUGAGGACGUGAUCCGGCUCAUCGGGCAGCACCUCCACGGUUUGGGCCUCAAUCAGACUGUUGAUCUUCUCAUGCAAGAGUCAGGAUGUCGUUUAGAACACCCUUCUGCCACCAAAUUCCGCAAUCAUGUCAUGGAAGGAGAAUGGGAUAAGGCUGAGAACGACUUGAAUGAACUGAAGCCAUUGGUGCACUCUUCCAAUGCAAUUGUGAAGAUGAAGUUUUUGCUGCUGCAACAAAAAUAUCUAGAAUAUCUGGAGGAUGGUAAAGUUUUGGAGGCACUUCAAGUUCUGCGUGGUGAGUUGACACCGCUGAAGUACAACACUGAGCGCAUUCACAUCCUUAGCGGAUAUCUGAUGUGUAGUCAUCCAGAAGACUUGCGUACUAAAGCAGAAUGGGAAGGAAAAGGAACAACUUCUAGAUCUAAACUUUUGGACAAGCUCCAAACUUACCUACCCCCAUCAGUGAUGCUCCCACCAAGGCGUCUGCAGAAUCUGCUACGUCAGGCUGUAGAGCUACAACGGGACCGGUGCCUCUAUCACAAUACUAAACUUGAUAACAAUCUAGAAUCUGUAUCACUACUCAUAGACCAUGUUUGCAAUAGGAAACAUUUUCCAUGUUAUACUCAGCAGAUACUUACAGAGCACUGUAAUGAAGUAUGGUUCUGUAAAUUUUCCAAUGAUGGCACUAAACUAGCAACAGGAUCCAAGGAUACAACUGUUAUUAUAUGGCAGGUUGACCCUGAUACACAUCAACUAAAACUGCUCAAGACUUUGGAAGGCCAUGCAUAUGGUGUCUCCUAUAUCGCUUGGAGUCCUGACGACAACUACCUGGUUGCUUGUGGCCCAGAUGACUGCUCUGAGCUUUGGCUCUGGAAUGUACAAACGGGGGAGCUAAGGACAAAGAUGAGUCAAUCCCAUGAGGAUAGCUUAACCAGUGUGGCCUGGAAUCCAGAUGGAAAACGUUUUGUAACAGGAGGGCAGCGUGGGCAAUUUUACCAGUGUGAUUUAGAUGGUAAUCUCUUAGACUCCUGGGAAGGAGUAAGAGUGCAGUGCCUGUGGUGUUUGACUGAUGGGAAGACUGUGCUGGCAUCGGACACACACCAGCGAAUUCGGGGCUAUAACUUUGAGGACCUUACAGACAGAAAUAUAGUACAAGAAGAUCAUCCAAUUAUGUCUUUUACUAUUUCAAAAAAUGGCCGGCUAGCUUUGUUAAAUGUCGCAACUCAGGGAGUUCAUUUAUGGGAUUUGCAAGACAGAGUUUUAGUGAGAAAGUACCAAGGUGUUACGCAAGGGUUUUACACAAUUCAUUCAUGUUUUGGAGGCCAUAACGAAGACUUCAUCGCUAGUGGCAGUGAAGAUCAUAAAGUAUAUAUUUGGCACAAACGUAGUGAGCUGCCAAUUGCGGAACUGACGGGGCACACACGUACAGUCAACUGCGUGAGCUGGAAUCCACAAAUUCCAUCCAUGAUGGCCAGCGCCUCUGAUGAUGGCACUGUUAGAAUAUGGGGACCAUCACCUUUUGUAGACAGCCAGGAUAUUGAAGAGGAAUGCAGUAGCAUGGAUAGUUGAUGGUGAAUUCGGAGCAGACGACUUCUGUUUAACUUAAAUUUAGUCGUAUUUUAAAUGGCUUGGGAUUUGGUGCAAACAAACAUGAUUGAUAGCUGGACAGACAUGCUCAUCAUGAAAAUGAACCAUUUUUUAAGCCCGACUGGGGCCAAACAUUUUACCACCUUGCUUCAUAGUAAACAGUUGAGAUGAAGCACGUCGUUAGAACGUUGUUGGACACCAUGUUGAAGUAACCCCCCAUCGGUUGUGAAGAACUGUGCUACAUUCAGGCUAACCAUUGAACUCCGUAUAUACAUUUUCCCCUUCUGCCAUUUUGUCAGGCAGACUACUGUUCUUGUUGCUCUUCUGUGUAAUGAAGUUUAAAUGCUUGUUUGGAAAACCUUUUAUUUAACAGUUUAGAAAGUUUGAUAGAAAGAGUGCUUUAGUCUGAAGAGUACAUGUUGGAUAGGAAAGUAUUUCCUUCUCUUGUUUCUCUGAGUCUGCCUUAUUUAGCUUGAGAUCUUUGCAGCUUGGUUCAUGGAUUCUAGCCUUGCCCGUUGCGCAGUAUAUCCAAAUCCAGAUGUAAAACUAGUGAAUGACAUGAAAAGCACUCUCAGUAUCACACUUGACAAAAGGUUUUGUACUUUUCACGUAGCUUGUAACCCUAUAAAUGGGUGAACAGCACAAAUUUUUUUAAGAAUAAAUUAUUUAUAGCAUUAAAAUGACUUUGAUUUGUAUACGUUUGGAAAAUAAACCAGCUUAAAAAGUGUCAUCUACAAGUUAAAUGCAGUAUAAUUGGUGCUCCUUCUGAGUGUUGUGUAAGACCAUUUGGCUAGCAGGAGUUUUACACAAAUUAUAUGAAGUAUUAUUAAAAAAAACCUUUGUUUACCAACAUCAUAAUUUGAAAGCUUUCAGAAUCACCAACAAAACUAUUACAAUGUAAUUUCUGAAGUUAAUAAAAUGAAAAUUCCAGAUUGGCUAAAACUUGUGCAGUGAUUCUUAUUUGAAACAUAAAAACUAAAAUGGGAAUGGGAUAUUUUAGGAUCAUUUUCCAAAAUUAGUAGAUUGACUUUGUGAAUUUAAAUAUGUACAUUAUACAAGUGUUCCAUAUAAUGUUCACCCCAUAAUUGUUUUCUCAGGGGAUGCUUGUUAAUAGUUUGAUGUUAGGAAUGGGUUGCUAUCUUUAGUUUUUACAUGCAACCCCACCUCCCCCCCCCCAA